AACAAGAGAACGACACAUGUUCUGCGCUCUCCUCUGUAUGAUACAGCAAUGACUUCUUCAACGGCCUUGGUUUAUGAUGAAGAAAUGACGAGCUAUAAGCUGCUUUGGGAAAAUACAGAGUGUUCUAUUGAGGUCCCAGAAAGAAUAUCCGUCUCCUACAAGAGGCUACAAGAUUAUGGACUUGCAGAGAGAUGUGUACAGUUGCCAGUAAGGGAGGCUACAGAGGAGGAGAUAAUGUUAAUUCACAGCCCAGAAUACCUUGAAGUAGUGAAGAGCACACAGACCAUGGAUGUAGAAGAACUCAGGAAGACUUCAGAGAAGUAUAUUGCUGCGUUCUUUCAUCCGAAUUCGUACCGGUGUGCUAAGCUGUCUCUUGGUGGCACGUUGCAGCUUGUUGAUGCUGUGAUGUCAGGGAAAGUACGCAAUGGAUUGGCUCUUAUAAGACCUCCAGGACAUCACAGUCAACCAAGUGAGAGCAAUGGAUUUUGUGUUUUCAAUAAUGUUGCUGUAGCUGCGAAAUAUGCUAAAAACAAAUACAACCUUCAGAGAAUUCUGAUUGUUGACUGGGAUAUUCACCAUGGACAGGGGAUCCAGUACAUCUUUGAAGAUGAUCCAAGUGUCCUGUACUUUUCCUGGCAUCGCUAUGAACAUGGAUUAUACUGGCCAAAUCUGCGCGAGUCGGAUUAUGAUUUUAUUGGUAAAGGCAAAGGAACCGGUUACAAUAUAAAUCUUCCAUGGAACAAGAUUGGCAUGAGUAAUAGUGAUUAUAUUGCAGCUUUUUUCCAUGUGCUUCUUCCUUUAGCAUUUGAGUUUAAUCCCGAACUUGUCUUGGUGUCAGCUGGAUUUGAUUCAGGAUUUGGAGACCCUGAGGGACAGAUGCGUGCAACUCCAGAGUGUUUUUCUCACCUCACUCAUCUCCUUAUGCAUGUUGGCCAUGGAAAACUGUGUGCUGUCCUUGAGGGUGGAUAUCAUCUGAGAUCCUUGUCAGAAUCUGUCUCCAUGACUGUAAGAACAUUGCUUGGAGAUCCUUUGCCAAGGUUAUCAGGAGAAAUGGUGCCAUGUUUCAGUGCGUUAGAAUCCAUACAGAAUGCAAGACAUGUGCAUGCUCCAUACUGGAAGUGUUUAUUGCAUGAUGAAACUAGAUUGAUACAGGAGCCAAGUACUAAGGGUUUGUCUACAGCCAGCCGCCCACAUAUGGAUUCUUCCACCAUUGAUGAAUUUCUUGAAAAUCAUAUGAAGAAAAUCCUGUAUGCUAUCCCUCAGUCCACAACCUGCAUACUACCUCCCAAAGCAGACACUUCUGGACUGGCUAUUAAUGUGCAGGUGGAAGAGAGCACAGCGGCCAGUGAGCAAGUAAAGGCUGCAGUAAGUGUUUUCAGCCAAGAGGAUUUGGUCAAUGAAAGCCUGCUGGAAUCUUUGACCAAAACAUUAACUGCUAUUGAUAAAAUUACAAACAGACAGACAAAAAAUUGUAUUGCAUUAUCCUCAAACUCAUCUCUCUCAACCCAAGUUGCAUUGCAGCAUGUUACUCGCUUGAGCUUGAAACGGGGUGUUAUGUGUUGGUAUUGGAGACAUGGAUCCUAAACUUGAUACAACAAAUGAUGGGAAAACUCUUAUGCUCAUUAUAUCUGAAGACAAACCAACUGAAAGGGUCCAUUCAGACUAUAAAUACUUUCUAAAAUGGAACGAGAGCCCUGCAGAAGGCAGCAGCUUCUUUUAUGCAGUUUUUCGAUACAUCCUUCCACUGGCUUACAGCUACCAGCCUGAUCUUAUUAUCAUAUCUGUGGAGAAUAACAGGAGCAUUGGUACAAAGGAUAUUCUUCUGCUCACUAGCCUGCUGCAAGGUUUAUCUGAAGGAGCAGUUCUUUCUAUUGUUCCGGAAUCUGAACUGGAGCUGACAGGGGCCUUGUGUAAUGUUCUGUCGGGCUGCCACUCAGAAAUGGACUUUGGUCCUUACAAACCUCCUACUGAAGAAUGUGUACAAGACUUAAAAGAUGAGGCAGCAGUCAUGGAAAAAAAAUGGAAAUUACUACAGUGUUUUG